GCAACAUGCCAUCCAAUAGCGAAGACAUCACCGGAGUGUUGUACGAAACAGAUGUCCAGACGGUAGGCGGUGGAUUGUCCAGGGAUCUGGGCAGGCUGAAGGCCACCGAUGGCACGAAAAUGGAGUUGGUUUGGUUAAAUAUUGUGCUGUUCGUGAUCCUUCACAUAUCUUCUCUAUAUGGAUUAUGGCUACUAUUCACGGCGUCCACGUGGACAACGUUUCUGCUCUUUAUACCAGCCGUGGCGGUGACAACUUUGGGAAUAUCGGCCGGUGCCCACCGCUUGUGGGCCCAUCGCACCUUCAAGGCGAAUACACCGCUGAAGCUGAUCUUGUUGUUCCUGAACACUUUUGCCUUCCAGGAUGCGGUCUACUACUGGGCGCGGGAUCAUCGUGUGCACCACAAGUAUACGGAAACGGAUGCGGAUCCAUACAAUUCCAAUCGCGGUUGGUUCUUUGCCCACAUGGGAUGGUUGUGCUGCCGAAAGCAUCCGGCGGUUGUGGAGAAGGGCAAGCAAAUAGAUCUAUCUGAUCUGGAGGCCGAUCCACUGGUCAUGUUCCAGAAGAAGUACUACCUGCUCCUGAUGCCAGUCAUUUGCUUUUUCCUGCCCACCGUUGUGCCCAUGUUCCUGUGGGGCGAGUCCUUCAACGUGUCCUGGCACGUGAUGGCCCUUCUUCGGUGGUGCAUCAGUCUGCAUUUCGUCUGGUUGGUCAAUAGCUCUGCCCACAUGCACGGCAUGCGACCCUACGAUAAGAACAUAUGUCCUGUGAAUCUGAGCUUUCUCAUAUUUUUCCGUUUUGGUGAGGGAUACCACAACUACCACCAUGUCUUUCCCUGGGACUACAAGAGUGCUGAGCUGGGCAAGUAUUCGCAGGAUGUGACCACCAAGUUCAUCGAAUUCAUGGCCUACUUGGGUUGGGCCUACGAUCUAAAGAGUGUCUCCCUCGAUUUGGUCAAGCAGCGAGCCCAGCGCACUGGCGAUGGAUCACAUCCUGUUUGGGGAUGGGGCGACAAGGAUCAACUAAAGGAGGACGUGGGCGUGACCACACGUAGCCACCAGCGAAGCGGAUAG